AUGUCGCAGAGAGGCGAAGACGACUUGGGAUCAAGCGGAAACCCGCCAUCUGCAUACCCGCCUCUCAACAGCGGCCGAAUGCCGCGUGACUACGCCUCGCGGGACGUGGCGCGCUCUGGCCCUCCUGGCACUCACCAUAUUUCACCGUCGCCUCUGCAUACUAGCUCUUUCCUCCAAUCCUCUUCACACGACGAUUCUCCCUCGUCCCAAAGUCCGGUGUCGGCCCCCUCGAGCGCGAACCCUUCCCCAUCCCACCGGUCGCCUAUAAGCCAUAUAGCCAAUGCUCCGUUCCCUGCGCCUCCUCGAAACUCCCUCCAGUACCGCUAUCCAGAGCCGACCCCAAGGCCGGGUAAUGGCAGCAUUUCCAAACAGGCCGGGGUGUCCGAACCCGAUCGGUCUGCGUCGUCUUCCGUGAGCUCUGUGCUUUCGGACCGCCCAGCUCAUCGCAUCAUGCCUCGUACCUCUUCCAUUGACUCCGCGAUAUCCUCUCUGUCCUCUGUCUCCCAGAAGUCUAAUUUCGAUGCCAGCGCUUUGAGUCCAGCCGACAUCGGUAAUAUCAUCAAUGCCGCCGGCUCCGCAGAAGCCGUCAUAGUGCACCUCCUCAGAGAGAAGCAUCAGGCAGCUUCUCAAAACUCACAGUUAUGGAAAUUGGUUGACAAACAACGGACUUUGAUCCUCGGCCUGAAUAAAGACCUUGAGCGCGCUUACAAGGAGAAAGAGAAGUACAGGAAGAAGUUAAAGGAGGUACAGGACUCUACGCCUCCUCUCCCCACGCUUGAUACGGCAAUCGGAAAUGCAACAAACGUGGAGGACCCACGGCAGAUCGUUGUCUCGCCUUCGUCCGAAGGUGCAUCAAGCGGCGUUGUGUCACCAGUUGGGAGUGAUGGGCAGCGGUUGCCAGCUCCAAGUCGAAAACCUCCACCUGCACCACUGAACUUGCGUCCAACCGAAAGUGCUCAAGGGUUGGCUGACCCUGAUUCCGGGUCUGAAUACAGUGACGGGCCAAAUGGACAAUCGAAUUCGAAUUCGGAGCGCGGGAGGCGGAAGACACGAGAGGAAGAUGACAGAGACCGCGAGGUUGCAUUGCAUAAAGACAUAGAGGCCCAAGGCUCUGUGAAGGAGGCUCAAUUCCGAUCUACUCGUUCCUCUCCCGACACAAUGACUUCUGCUAGCCCGCCAACAGCUCCAAGGGAACUCACAACGAGAUCACCACCAAAUGUCGGUGCUUCUGGGUCCUUAGGUUCAAUCUUGAACUCUCGUGUCAAUCCCACCGCCGCCAAUGCACGUCCGAACUUUCCUAACCCUAAAAGUCCUGGUUUACCCAUGAGCCGGAAGAUCGUCCCAUCAAUUCCCCUUACCCAGAAUGCCUCGAGACAUGAACGCUGUCACUGGCUCAGGUACGGGCUACCGCUCUCUCCACGGCCUGGGAACCAUCCCCCUCCUUUCCCGCCGGCAACGAUCCCAACUAUUGAUCCUACGAUAAAGAUAGACAGUCCUCACUCGCCUAGGUUCCCCACCAGCGGUAUCUACCAAGGACUGGUGUCCGAUGAAUACCCUGGUCUACUUUUACCUCCGAACGCUCUGCCACUGAUCCAAGUCCGGGUCUCUUCUUCACGUCUUCGUCCUUCUCGCAAUAGCUACAUGGCUUCGAGGCCUUUGGACGAGGAGCCAGUGUUCACGCUAAGUGUAAUCUCUCGGUCAGAUAUGUCAGAGUUUUGGCGAGUCGAAAAAGUCAUCGCAUCUUUGCCCCACUUAGACCAACAAGUCCGCCAAUUAUCUUCGUUCGCGGGCAGAUUACCAGACCGUAAUGUAUUCAAUGGUCACUCCCCAGCGAAGGUGGACGCGCGCCGUGCUGCCCUCAACGCCUAUUUUGAUAGUCUCUUGGACACGCCUAUGGAUGAGAAGGCAGCUCUGGUGAUCUGCCAGUUCCUAACGAGCGAUGCUAUUGAGCCCCGAGAUGAUGAGACUAGUCUCCUCAACGGACCUGGGGGUCCUAAAACUGACAUUCCUCGAGGCCCAGAUGGCAAACCAAGAAAAGAAGGUUACCUUACGAAGAGGGGUAAAAACUUUGGUGGUUGGAAGGCACGCUAUUUUGUUCUCCAUGGCCCCGAGCUCAAAUAUUUUGAAUCCCCCGGAGGGCCUCACAUGGGAACUAUCAAGCUCUUCCAUGCGCAAAUUGGCAAGCAGUCUCAGAGUUCUAAUAGUCAGAGCAAUUCCUCCGGGACUGAUGAAGAUGCCGAUAAUCAGUACCGGCAUGCCUUUCUGGUCUUAGAACCGAAGCGAAAGGAUUCGUCUGCCCUUGUUCGGCACGUGCUCUGUGCUGAAAGUGAUGAUGAGCGCGAUUCAUGGGUUGAUGCAUUGAUGGAGUAUGUUGACGUUGCUUCAGAUGGUGAUCAGCGCGGCAAGCAGCAGACCCAAAGCAGACAGCUACCCCCUUCCCAAAGCAAAAGCAAGCUCCAGCCUGGCCGCGGGGAAAGCCCAGAUGAGCCCAGCCCUGUUCAAGGGUUCAGCUUCGAUAAUGCGAUUGCAGCUGAACCUCCGAUCAUAGGUUCUUCUCUUGACCAUGCCCCUCGCUCUCCCCGGAUGCCAGCUGGAAUUUCCAUCGAUUCGAGGGAUGCAAACCAUUCCCCCACCGAGCAAUCGAUGCAGUCACCAAAGAUCAUUUCUGGGCCCACAAAUGGAGCUAUUAUCCAGGAUGCUGAAGCGUGGGGCAACAAAACCACCACCUCGACAAAGGAAAAGAAGCGUAGCAUCUGGGGCUUCCGAACUCGGUCAUCUUCCUUCGAUCUUGCAUCCCAGGCACAAGGUGAUGGAGCUGCCCCAAGCAACAAUGCUCCAGUAGAGCGGAAAGAGCCUGUCAGGCCUGUGUUCGGUAUUCCAUUAGCUGAAGCGGUUCGAGACUGCCCUCCUCUUGGUGUUGAUGUGGAUCUCCCAGCGGUGGUCUAUCGCUGUAUUGAGUAUCUUCGAGCUAAAGAUGCGGCCUUGGAAGAAGGCAUUUUCCGCUUGAGUGGCUCCAAUGUCAUCAUCAAAGCCCUCAAAGAACGGUUCAAUACCGAGGGUGAUCUGGACUUCAUCUCUAGCGACCAGUAUUAUGACGUCCAUGCAGUCGCAUCGCUAUUCAAACAGUACCUGCGAGAGCUCCCUACAACAGUGCUCACACGGGAACUUCAUUUGGACUUUCUUCGCGUUCUCGAACUUGACGAUAAGCAAAAGAAGGUGGCUGCCUUCAACUCCCUGGUCCAUCAGCUGCCAAAGCCCAAUCUCUCCCUGCUCCGUGCUCUUUCCUUGUUCCUGAUUGAAAUUGUCAACAACUCCGACGUGAACAAGAUGCCCGUUCGAAACGUGGGGAUCGUCUUUGCUCCGACUCUCAAUAUCCCCGCCCCUGUUGUAUCAUUGUUCCUUACGGACUUUGACAGUAUCUUUGGAAGCCCUGAAUCGAGCCCGACUACGGUCGAGCUAACGGUGGAUAACAGCCUAUCCCCGGACGAUGUUCGGUCUCCACGCCAGCAGAUGUUCACUAAUAUACCGACUCCUUCGUACAACCAAACCUCAUUUGGUGGCCAGCCGGACAACAUGCGCAGCGCUCAUGAUGUGGGGCUAGUUCCUAUGCAACCUAAUUACGACCCGUCUACCUAUAGACCUGACAUAUACAACCAAAACCCAGGCGGCUCUGCCCCCUUUGGCUCUUUGAAUAGUAUGCUGUCCCCUUCUCAGGACGACACGCGUUCGGCCAAGUCCAAGAGACGCGAGAGUUCGAUGCUUUUCAUGGAAUCUCGGUAA